CAGCGAGAUAAGGAGAGGAUUAAAGAGGGAGGAGGAGAGAUGGCAACGUGCACACUGGAGAGCAGGGGACAGCAGACGGGCAGAAGAGAUUCACUGCAAAAGGAAGACUGACACCCAAGAUUAGUGUCUGUCCGGUGUGGCUGCAGUAAAAGUUUAGUGUUGUGAUUUACGAGUGAGAUAGACAGAUGCCCCUGAUACUUUAUAGACCUCUUACUGCAGAGCAGACUUUGUGAGAAGGGGAAGGGAAACUGAAUAACCCGCAAGAACCAUCAUUGUUAAAGGAAGUCAGCCCAGCCAAAGACCCACCAUGACAGCCGCUGUGAGGCUGUUGGAUGAGAUGUGUCACCUCACAGCUCAGUCGCUGCCGUCCCUAGAGACGUCCGAGCACUACCAGGUUGUCAAGCUCCUGGGGGAGGGGUCGUACGGCAGGGUCAUGUUGGCCGUACACAGGAUCAGGGGGACUCCCAUGGCCUUGAAGUUUUUCCCCCGUGGCUCUACCUCACUCUUGUCCUUCCUGAGAGAGUACAACCUGUCGCUGUCCUUCUGCACCCACCCCUCCCUCACCCAGGCCCUUGGCAUUGCCUUCUCCACCCCCGAUCACUACGUCUUCGCCCAGCAGGUCGCUCUUUACGGUGACCUCUAUGAUGUCAUCAUCCCAGAGGUGGGUGUGGAGGAGAACUGUGUCCAGAGAGUGGUGUCUCAGCUGAGUGGGGCUCUCUCCCACCUCCACCACCUUGGCUUCGUCCACCGCGACCUUAAGCCUGAGAACGUGUUCCUGUGUGACCCGGACUGUCGCUGGGUCAAGCUGGGGGACUUUGGGAUGGUCAAGGCCUCAGGAACCAGGGUCCCUGGGGUCUGGUACAGCUCGCCCUACUGCACACCAGAGGCCGAGAUCGCCAAAGAUACGGAAGACAGCAGCCACAACGUCAGCGUGAACGACAGAGCAGGAGAACGAGAAGACAGAGGGAUGAUGAAGAGGGUGUGGCUGUCGGUGGAGGCCAGUACUGACUGCUGGGCUCUGGGGAUCCUGACCUAUGCCAUGCUGACAGGAAGUCUACCCUGGCUGGAGACAGCGUCCAGUGACCGCUCCUUUAUCAAGUACCGGGAGUGGUUUGACCGGGAGAAGGGUCUCGACGACGGGCUGGACGUGUGGGGGGAAAUGGACAGGGAUGGGCGGAGAGACGAGGACAUCAUCAGCCUGGAUGGAGCGGAGGUCGGGGAGAAGACCUGCAGGCUUGUAGCCCCACAGUUCGCCUGCUUCACCCCACUGGCCUGCUCCAUGUUCCAGACUCUGCUGGACCCAAGGCCCUGGCUUCGUGGUGGGCCCGACGAUGUACUUGGCUACCUGGGAGGAGAGUGGAUGAGGGAGAAAGAGAGGAUACGAUUGGAGGAGGAGAGGAAGAAAACAACAGGGAAAGGAGGCAUAGGAAACGUGAAAGAGAAGGAGGGUAGAGGAGAGAGAUGAAGAACAGGGUCACGAACUCACAAAAGAAGAAAGAGACCAUUUCCACUGUUCAAGCUAUUUGAGCAGGAAAUCAGAGGUGGCUUUCAAGAACUUGGGUCAGUCAUUUGCAAUGAGGUCACUGCUGAGUAGGCUGAGCAGGAAUCAACAUGUUAUGUUAAAAGGAAUAGAUGCACAUCAGUAUUUGACUGCUGCUGUAAUAAAGGCUACGUAAAGCCUGUUGGGAAUCUCCCAGUGAUAACUGAUAGUAUUCCCUAUCCACAGUGGCCCCCUUAAUUAACAUGAAAUAUAUAUUUAUUUAAUAAUGUACAUUUUAGAAUCUCAGAGUCUCUCAUGCCUGGUGAGGUUGCUGCUAUAUGAGCUAUGUCACAGUACUGCGCUGUAAAUAUGUUCUGUUUAUCCUGAAUUUUAAAGUACUGUUUCCCUAUACAUGCAUGUGUUUAAUAAAAUUCAAACUAGU